GCUGGGCAGCUCGACAUGAUCACGGACACAUUCAACAAGCUGGUCAACUCAUGCCACGCCAAGUGCAUCUCAACGCGAUACCUCGAGGCAGACCUGAACAAGGGAGAGAGCGUCUGCAUUGAUCGCUGCGUAGCCAAGUUCUUUGCGGUCAACACCAAGGUCGGGGAGCAGAUGCAGCAGAUCGGUUCGCAAAGGCAG